GUUAUUUUAUAUUUAAUAAAAGCUACUCGAUCGUAUCUAGCCAUCCAUCCAUCCCCUUAAGUUAAAUUAGCCCACUGCGUUCUCCCAUGCACUUGUCUUCUUCACUUCCAACACCCUCCACUCUUUUCUCUCUCCCAUUCCCUCUUCUUCAUGCUUUCCUCACCUCUUUGUCCUCUUUUUUUUUUUUUUUUUUUUUUUUUUUUUUUAAUAUAAAAUUUAUUUUUAUCUUUUAAACAGUUUCUUUCUAUUUCCUUUAUAUACUAACCCUUCUUUCUUAUUCUCUGACAAAUAAACAACAACAUCACAAUACAAAACUAUACUACUCUCCUACUUUCUUGCUUCUUCUUCUUCUUCUUCACCUAAAUAGCUUCAUUCUCUUAGCUUCUUCUUUCGUUGAUAUAUAGAUCACUUCCAUUUCGAAUUCCUCCUUCAUUGUACUAUCAUCACUAUGUCUAGCCGACGAUCACGGUCCAGGCAGCAAUCCGCUGGUGUCUCUUCCAUAAGUGAUGAUCAAAUAGCUGACCUCGUUCACAAGUUGCAGCAGCUUGUUCCUGAGAUACGUGGAAGACGAAGCUCUGACAAGUCGGCAAAUAGGGUUUUGCAGGAGACUUGCAAUUAUAUUAGGAACUUGCAUAGGGAAGUGGAUGAUCUAAGCGACAGAUUAGCCGAACUCUUGGCUUCAACUGACAGUGACAGUGCUCAAGCAGCCAUUAUUAGAAGUUUACUUAUGUAAACAAAAAUGGAAAAAAAAAUUAAGAGAGAAAUUAAAAAAAAAAAGUAUGAGUAAUUAUUUUAAGUAAUUAGCUGGAUAGUUUGGUCAAAAAUUAUUAUUUUUGUUUUUUUUUUUUUUUUUUUUUUGAAUUUUAAAAUGCUUCUCUCCCUUCUAUCUAGGGUUUGGUCUCUAACUAGACCAACAAGAGAGAUUAGAUUGAGUGAGAGAGAGAGAAAAUCUCCAAGUGUUGUAUUUAAUUGACUAGCUCUUUUAAUAGUAAUAUUAGUUGUUACAUUUUGAUAAUAAGUAUUUUAGUAAUUUAAUAUAUUUCCUUAUCUCUCUCGAGUCCUCGCUACUAAAGAUGAGAACGAUAGAUGAAUAUAGUACAUGGUUAGCACUUUCA